CCCGCCGACAGACGUCAGUAUGUCCUUGAUUCUCUCGAACAUUCGAGACGAAGGGAAUGGUUGUGGGUCGUCGUUGUCGCUGGAGUUGGCUUCUUGACAGAUGCAUACAAUAUCUUCGCCAUCAACCUCGUCAUGCCUAUGGUAGGGCAUAUCUAUUAUCCAGACUCGACACCUCAACCUGGUGUUGUACCUCAGAAAUACACGGUGGCUAUCAAUAUCGCGACUCUUGGAGGAAGCAUUCUAGGCCAGCUGGGCUUUGGUCUUGCCGGGGACUGGUUAGGUCGAAGAAAGGCUUACGGCCUUGAGCUGAUUAUCACUGUUGCCGCUGCCUUAGGCUCGGCCAUGGCGUCAAACGGUUAUGCCUCAAAUGAGGACAAAGGGUCCAUGUCACUCAUCGCGUGGCUCGUAUUCUGGCGCCUGGUGAUGGGCAUCGGGAUCGGAGCCGAUUAUCCACUGAGCGCCGUUCUGUGCUCGGAGAUGGCUCCAACCAGACUUCGUGGCAGAAUGCUGACUGCCGUUUUCAUGUGUCAACCACUCGGACAACUUCUUGCUACAUUAAUUCCUUUGAUCGCGGUAUAUGCCGCUCGCGGAUCACUACCAAACAGCACAAGAGUGUGCGAUGGAGAUUGUGCGAGGACCCUGGAUAUCAUAUGGCGACUUAUUCUCGGGCUUGGAGCGGUACCUGCUGCGGCUUCUCUCUGGUUCCGUCUGACCAUUAUUGAAAGAUACACUGUUGACAUUGUAAGAGAUGAUCAUCAAGCAGCCGUUGAUGUCAAUCGUUACUUCUACUCAGGCGACCACUUCUCGACUAGAAGUCGUGAUUCCUUCCAGCAAGACCAUGAGGAUGGACAACACAUGGAUGGAACAGACAACCCGAUCUUCCCUCUAUCAGUUGUGGAUUCUCAAGAAGCGCAACAGCCGCCUCAAGCCUCUUGGUCAGACAUCGUGGACUACUUUUGGCACCAAGGGAAUUACCGCACACUGGUAACGACAUCGCUGACUUGGCUAUCUCUCGACCUUGCAUUCUACGGCCUUGGCAUGAACGAUUAUAGGGCUCUUGGUCAAAUUUGGUCAACCAGUUCUGGAGAUGAUCCAGAGAGCACUUACAAUCCUCUUGAUCCACCAUUCUUAUACCAGUCAUUACUAGCCAACGCCUGGCAGAGUUUGCUGAUUGUUUCACUCGGAGCCAUCCUCGGAAAUCUGAUCACACUUGUCUCGAUUAAUCGCCUAGGACGAAGAACAAUCCAGAUCAAUGGCUUCUUCUGGCUGUUCGUCCUGUUCCUCGUAAUUGGUACAAGCUAUCACAAGUUGGUCAACACGCCAAGAUCUUCGGUGCUCGUGAUAUUGUACAUUCUAACACAGAUUUUCUUCAACUUCGGACCGAAUACUACUACAUACAUAAUUCCUGCAGAAGUGUUCCCCACUCGCUACAGAUCCACGGCCCAUGGCAUCAGUGCUGCCUUCGGCAAACUUGGAGCUGUGGUGUCUCAAUGCAUUCUGAUCCCACAUGGUAUCAGAGAAGACAAGUACUAUCUGCUUGUCUUCUCGGCAUUCAUGCUCGUCGGACUUGUAUUGACGGUAUACUGGAUCCCACGCUCGCGCGACAAGAACGGACAGACUUUGACAUUAGAGGAACUCGCACUGGGCCGAGCUGCUGUCAAAUCGGAAUAG